ACCCUUCCUCCCUCUUUUUGCCUCCGACACAUGAAGAUGGUACCGUGCACAGUGCGUCCUGCACGCGAACCAAAGGCGCUCACCGACUCACUGCGGGACUUUUGAACUCACCAUGCCCGGUUACGCGAGGUUCCUGCUCGUGCUGCUGUGUCUGAUCCUGCUCGGGGAGUGCCGGAGACACAAAAGUAGGAGAAAGCGGUGGUCCGCGCCGGCGGAGACUCACAAGCCCGGCAACCCUCUGUCCAAGAAGGCCUCGGAUGGAACCAAAUCCCGAAAGGUGAAGACCAGCCACCUUCUGCGCAUAGACGAGCACGACUUCACCAUGAGGCCCGCCUUCGCAGGUCCAGCUGUCCCCGUUGGAGUGGAUGUUCAGGUGGAGAGCUUGGACAGUAUAUCGGAGGUAGACAUGGACUUCACCAUGACCCUGUAUCUGAGGCACUACUGGAAGGACGAAAGGCUGGCCUUCCCGAGCUCCACCAACAAGAGCAUGACCUUUGACGGGCGCCUGGUGAAGAAGAUCUGGGUGCCCGACGUGUUCUUCGUCCACUCCAAGAGGUCUUUCAUCCAUGACACCACCACUGAAAACAUCAUGCUGCGUGUGUUUCCCGACGGUCACGUCCUGUACAGCCUGAGGGUUACAGUUACUGCUGCGUGCAACAUGGAUUUCAGUCGUUUCCCUUUGGACUCGCAGACGUGCACGCUGGAGCUGGAGAGCUACGCGUACACAGACGAAGACCUGAUGCUGUAUUGGAAAAGCGGCGACGAGUCCCUGAGCACCGACGACAGGAUUUCUCUGUCUCAGUUCCUCAUCCAGAAGUUCCACACUUCCUCCAGACUGGCGUUCUACAGCAGCACAGGCUGGUACAACCGUCUGUACAUCAACUUCACUCUGCGGCGUCACAUCUUCUUUUUCCUGCUGCAGACCUACUUCCCCGCCACUCUGAUGGUCAUGCUGUCCUGGGUGUCCUUCUGGAUCGACCGCAGGGCCGUCCCUGCCAGAGUCUCAUUAGGUAUAACCACGGUGCUCACCAUGUCCACCAUCAUCACUGGAGUCAACGCCUCCAUGCCCAGGGUGUCCUACAUCAAAGCUGUGGACAUUUACCUCUGGGUCAGUUUCGUCUUUGUCUUCCUCUCCGUGCUCGAGUACGCUGCCGUCAACUACCUGACGACGGUGAGGGACGGUAAAGACCGCAAGCUCAGAGAAAAAGCCAGGCAACAGUCGCAGACACUCCCCUGCACCUGCGGCAUGUCCCACGCCAGGACCAUGAUGCUGGAUGGCACGUACAGCGAGGCGGACGCCAACAGCCUGGCGGGGUACACGCGGGGCUCCAUUGCGGCCGAGGAGUCGUCGGAAAAACAGGAGCGGAUGGUGGUGCAUCUCUCCCUGGACAAAGAGCCCACGGGGAUCAAGAAGAAGGGCAUCCGCGGCUUUCGGAUCAUCCAGAACACCCACGCCAUCGACACCUCCUCUCGCAUGAUCUUCCCCGGCGCCUACAUCCUGUUCAACCUGGUCUACUGGUGUGUGUACUGCUGAGCGUGUGCAUUUGAGCCGAAACUGUAACAGUGAAGGACAAAAACUGCGAAAUCUUUUUGUUUACCUUUGAAGAGAGAGAUACAGCUGUUUCUAUUCUGCAUUUUUAAGUGGAGCAACGGGUUUCGACAGGAUGGCAAAAGUAAAUCAGCAGCUUCUGGGUGUGAAUAUCUCAGAACUCGGGCCCACAUGUCAUCGCUGGACUGGACCACUUUAACAGCUUCUCCUGCUUCACAUGAUUAUAUCACGAGCUCAUUCUUACCCUCAACCAGUGUGCGAAAUACGUACACAAUAUACAAGAUUUAAUGGUUGCAAGCCACGGAAACUAGGCUGUAUGCACUUUGCACACAUAUAUUCAGCUGAUAUCGUUAACAAUAAAACCACUCACACAACUCCACAGCCACGCCCUGCAACAGAAUACGCACGCUCGCCUCUCUCUCUCUCUAACCCGACACUCUGACCUCGGCUUCCUCUAGUUGCCGUCUUGGUAUCCGAGAAGAGGAGAGACGUCUUGUUUUAUUCCAGCUUCUCACGAAAGGCAUUAGAUCAAAUUUGUCCAAUGGGGGUCCGUUUAGGUCCACAAACGGACGUGAAGACAGGCUCGCUUAAUGAAUAAUGAAAACUGCUGGGCAUUAGUGAGCUUUUAUAAGACAUUUAAGAGACAAUUACAGGAGACACAAAUUUGUCUUAUGAUUUUA